AUGUUCAGGCUCAGCGAUUUACGCAGCCGAAAACCACAAGAAAGCGAUGAGGAGGACUUGAAGAAGUUUCAUUUACAACUUCGUUCGUUAGUUAACGAGGAGCAUAACCCACGACGGCAGUCUUUUAGGCGUCGAAGCUUACUUAUGCUUCUUUCAACCUCAAACAGUUUUCGAGAACAACUGUUGUUCUUGAGGAAACGUCAAAAUACCAAUGAGAUUUUAUCUGCCUCUAAUUACUUCACAAUUCUCCAUUCAGAGUUGUCUUAUGUUUUAAAGCAGUCUUUUGAAGAGGAUUACAGAAAGCUAGCAGAUUUCCUUAGUAAGUUGUUUAUUUUAACAUCGGUUAUUGUAGACUUUCCGGAAAUUUUGGCAGAAUUAUUAGUGUCUGAUGUGGACACAUUUGGUGUUCAUUGUUCUCAAGAAAGUGUGGCUGUGCGCAAACUGAUAGCUAAUGCGCUGACAAAUCUCACUUAUGGUGAUCUACAGAGAAAGCGCCGCCUGUGUAACUACCCUAACUUCAUCGAAUGCGUUAUCAGAAUUAUUGACGAGAUGCAGAUCUUAGCUCAAGUGUACGCAGCUCUUCUGCGCAACUUGUCUUGGAAUGCAGAUUCUGAGAUGAACACUCAAUUGUGCCUCACGGUACCUGUCCUUGCCCAAGCUUCUUUGCGUGCUUAUUCAAUCAAGAAUUUGAAAUGCCUCUGUUCCACACUAUGUGCUCUUUGGAAUCUUUCAUUUUCUGUCCAGAAUCAAAGAGCUAUUUGUGAACAUCCACAAUUUCUGGAAAUGCUAGUCGAUUUGCUUGUAGAUGAUCCGCAGCUUACGCCAUUAGUAGAGUCUGCUACCGGUGUCUUAAAAUACGCAUCUUUAAGUUUCGCAGCGAUUGAUAUAAACAAGUACUUACCUACCUCCUCUUUACAUAAGAUGGUGCUGCGUUUAAUUGAUCUUUUACGGAGUUCUUCUUUUACGGUUAUUGCGAACUGCCUGUUCGUUCUUCUGCAACUUAUGAAGAUUAAUUAUCACUUGAGAGCACAAGUGAAGUAUAUUUUGCACCGAUUACGGGAUUCAAAGCAUACAGAAGUAAAUAGUGCUAUAAAAACCAUUAUUGAUCAGCUAAAUGAAACGGACACUAGUUGUUUAUCAUCUGGUUUGUACGGGGGCACGCAUGCUGGUGCGCCUUCAGCUUUUGGUCCUACAAGCAUGCUUUCUUCUUACGGAGGUAUCGGCGUCCCAGCUUCAUCGUUUUUUGACUCCUCUCGUCUUUUGAAAAUUCGUUCCAUGCAGUCCGAUAUGUCGGGUUACUACCCUUCCUCCAUUGAUGGAAAUAGUUCCAGAAUGUUUAGCUGUCCUGCGCCGUUGAGUGUGCCUUCUGUUCCUUAUGGCUUUGCUCCACGUCCUGGCACUGUUCAGCCUCCGCAGUUUAAUUCUCUUCCGCGUCACUGCUACCAAAACAGUGAUCCUCCUGGCAUUACAGUUCCACAUGACUCAGCUGAGCACUUUAACCAAGAAAUGAGCUCUCAGCCGUUUAAUAAUGGAAAUGCUGCAAGUACAAGCACGAGAAGGUCUGAAGUAUCUGACUUCAAUUACUCCCAAAAAAAUGCGUUCAGAGGUUCAGAAACAUACGGGAUUGGUUUUAAUGGGUCUAAUCCCGAUUUGUGCGAUCUUGGGGGCGACGAUGAUCCAUCUUUUGAGAUUGAAGAAAGUGUUCGUUGUACCAGAGGGUCUAGCACUCAAUCACUUUCUUCAUUGCUUCCGGGUGAAAAAAGUGGAUGGAAUAGCUGCAACAAUUCCGCAGUCAAUAGCAACCGACUGUCACCUGUUAGUGCUUCUGAAUUACCUGACUCUCCGACUCAGUAUGCGGCUUCAAAAAAUAAGGAAAAUUUAUCUGGACAAACUUCUGAGGGAGUUAGUGGACCAACAGAAAGCAGUUAUGAAGGUGAUGGAGCAGAUUUGCCGUCCGAUAGCACUGAAAAAGUGUUGCAGACUGCAUCUAGGUUGGACAGCUGGUAUCUCAGUGAUGAAAAAAGCAGCUCAAACGCAUUUAGCGGUAAAGCAAUGGAUGUUGAAGAAAGCUCUCGAAGUCAGCAGAGUUCCGUGAAUGACGAGGACGAUUACGGCAGCUUCAAUGGAACUGCUGACUCUGAACUUUUGAAUCAGUCUAUAGAAGCUGUAAUGCCUAAAAGGUUGGAGGUGAAUGAUGAAUUUCUUUCUGAUAUGAUAGAACAAGCGCAGCCGAAGCCUUCGCCUGUACCGAGAAAAAUGUUUAGUGAAAUUCGUAACUUUUCUUCCGCGUCUACUAGUAGAAUGCAUUCGGAUUCUUCCAGCAUGCGAAAGUUGCAAGCUCAUGCUGAAUGA